CUAUAUACAAGUAUUAUUCCAUACCGUGACUUUAUGAAAUAGUAAAUAAGCUGACACGAAAACUUAACUUAUCUUUUAUAAAUCUAAUGUAUAAAUGCCCGUGUACUCUGGUCAUCCGAUCACAUCUAACUAGCCAUCUAACGAGAGUUUGCUCACCGAACGCAAGUCGACAAUAAACCCGACAUCACCAUGAUGAAGCUUUUGCUCCACUCCCUCAUCUUAGGCCAGGUUGGUCUGAUAUCCCUGAUGGCAGUCUCUACCAACGCCAGACGAUGUGAAGACAUCCGUGUCGAGGGGACCAACCCAUGGGUUACCAUACCCGGUGUAAGCAGGUUCUGCUAUUCUUAUGGCAGUACACCUUCCACUUGGGAGGAGGCCAAUCAGCUCUGUAAGAGUCUUAGUAGUCCGGGUAAUGAGGAAGGUGAUCUGACAUCACUGGACAAUACCGAAGAAGCAUCUGCCAUAUUCAACUAUUGGAGCAGUGCGGGAACCAAUCUAGAAUCGGGCUAUUGGAUUGGUCUAAAUCGAGGCGACAUCACCGGACAAACUGGGAGGUGGACAGACUACUCAAGGGUGAGGAACAAUCGCCAAGACUGGCAAGAAGGAGAGCCAUCCGACAACUGUGCGUAUGUGGCCAAUGAGGGCGCUACUGACGAAGAAAAGAUGAAAUGGAAGACCGCAUCUUGUACUACAGUAACUAAACCUUUCAUCUGCGAGAGGAAGAACUACUAUUAGAUUGAGUUGAUAUUGAAUAGUAUCGAUGAAA